GAAUUAGAGAGGGAGAGGGACAAGCACCACUGCUGACUGCCAAACUUUUAGGCCAACCUCUCUGCUCUCCUCCCAUCUCAUUCUUUCCCAUUCGGGCACUCAGACGACACACAGCAACAGGCUGAAGAUCACAAAGGGAGGCUAGAACCAACUUUAAAAGAAGAUGGCCACACCAAAAAACACCCCCCGGGGCGCGCACAACACCCCUCUCUCCCCCAACCGCAUCACCCGCCUCCAGGAGAAGGAGGACCUGUGCAACCUCAACGACCGCCUGGCCGUCUACAUCGACAAGGUCCGCUCCCUGGAGAGCGAGAACGCCGGCCUGCGUCUGCGCAUCACCGAGUCGGAGACGGAGGUCUCGCGGGAGCUGACGGGCCUCAAGGCGGCCUACGAGACGGAGCUGGCCGACGCCCGCCAGACGCUGGACUCGGUGGCCAAGGAGCGCGCCCGACUGCAGCUGGAGGUGGGCAAGCUGAGGGAGGAGUACAAGGAGCUCAAAGCCAGGAACACUAAAAAGGAAUCGGACCUGGCGGCAGCGUUGCUGAGGCUCAAAGACUUGGAGGCCUUGCUGAACUCGAAGGACGCCUCCUUGACGACAGCGAUAGGAGAGAAGCGUAACCUUGAAGCGGAAAACCGGGACCUGAAGGCGCAGGUUGCCAAGCUCGACACCAGCCUGGGUGAAGCCAAGAAGCAGCUGCAAGAUGAGAUGCUGAGGAGGGUGGAUGGAGAAAAUCGUAUCCAGACCCUCAAGGAGCAGCUGGACUUCCAAAAGAACCUCCAUUCUGAGGAGCUGCGCGAGACCAAGCGGCGCCAUGAGUCUCGUAUGGUGGAGUUGGACAACGGCCACCAGCAAGACUUUGAAAGCAAACUGGCGGAGGCCUUGACGGACAUGCGUGGCCAGCAUGACCUACAGAUUCAACUCUAUAAGGAUGAGCUGGAGAAGACCUACAACUCAAAGCUGGAAGGCGCACGUCAGUCAGCAGACAGGAGCAGCCAUCUGGUGGGAGCGGCGCAUGAAGAGCUACAGGAGACACGCGUCCGCCUGGAGUCCACCUCGUCUCAGCUCAGCCAGCUGCAGAAACAGCUUGCAGCCCGUGAAGCAAAGGUGAGAGACCUGGAGGAAGCCCUGUCUCGAGAGCGGGACACCAUGCGGCGCCUUCUUGGAGAGAAAGACCGAGAAAUGGCGGAGAUGAGGCAGCGGAUGCAGCAGCAGCUGGACGAGUACCAGGAGCUCCUGGAUGUCAAGCUGGCAUUAGACAUGGAGAUCUGUGCCUACAGGAAGCUCCUGGAGGGCGAGGAGCAGAGGCUGCGUCUCUCCCCGAGUCCGCCCCCGACGAUUAUGGCGGGGAGUCGCACCUCCAAUCUGUCGGCUAAUUCGCGAUCGCUCCACUGCGGCUCUGCCACCAAGAGGCGGCGCCCCAACGACACGGACAGCGAGGCCUCCAGCUUUGCCGGCGGCGCCGUGGCUCGCACCCGCAUUACCCAGCAGGCCUCUGCCAGCGGACGGGUCACCGUGGAUGAAGUGGACCUGGAUGGGAAAUACGUCCGACUCAGCAAUAAAGCAGACGAGGAUCAAAAUCUAGGGAACUGGCAAGUGAAACGUCAGAUAGGAUCCAGUCCUGCGAUUGCAUUCAAGUUCCCUGCAAAGUUUGUACUGAAGGCUGGCCAGAGAGUCACGAUCUGGGCUGCUGGUGCUGGUGGAAACCACAAUCCUCCUUCCGAUCUGGUGUGGAAGACACAACCCAACUGGGGCACCGGAGACCAGUUCCAGACCACCUUGAUCAGUGCUAAUGGGGAGGAAAUGGCAAUGAGGAAGGUCACUCGCACACAGCUUGAAGAAGAUGACGACGACCUGCAGGUCGCUCACAGCACCUGCGGGGACAGCGAGUACAACCUGCGUAGUCGCACGGUGGUGUGCGGCUCCUGCGGCCUCCCCUCAGACAAGUCCAACAACUGCUCCGUCGUGUCUUCGGCUUCCCGCUCCUUCCGCAGCGGCGGCAUCUCCGAGGGUUUGCUGCCCCAUUCUUACGUGUUCAGCACCAGCACGCCUCGCAAGACUGGAAGAACUGAGAAAUGUCCAAUCAUGUGAGCUUUUGGAGGACCGACACCAUACCAGUUCUUUUAUGAUUAUGGUGCUUUGAUAUAAUCCUUCCGUAUAAUCUGAAAAAUCUCCAUACUGCCUUUUUGUGAUAUAUUCAUAGGCAUGCUUUGACUUUUUUUUUUCUAUAUUUUAUAAAAUUCAAUUAUAGAUGGUGUCAGCCACCAGACAAUUAAAUAUGAAGUAGUUUAGUUUAAAACUUUGACAUCUUAAUACUGCCGUUAGGACUUUUUUAUAUGAAAUGCUGAAAAGAGAAUGAAUAAAAUGAGGACUAUUCAUGAUUACGUUUACACUUACUUUCUCAGUAAAAUGGCCUCAGUGUUUGUUGUGCUUUUUUUUUUCAAAAUAAACUUUGCAGAAAAUGA